AUGCGCCCAUCCGCCCCCGUUUUUCGCCGCCAAUUGCUGCGCGAGCUGCGCGCCAGACCCGUUCGCGAGCCUUAUCGCUGCUUUUCGUGCGCUACACGUCUCGCCCAGCAGCAAGCGUCAUCGCAGCCCGGUGCUCAAAAUGAGAAGACCACCCAUUUCGGGUUCGAGACGAUCGCCGAGUCGCUGAAGGAGGCCAAGGUCCGCGGCGUCUUCUCCUCUGUUGCGAGCUCGUACGACACGAUGAACGACCUCAUGUCCCUCGGCAUCCACCGCCUUUGGAAGGACCACUUCGUACGCAACCUGAACCCCGGCACAAACCCUCUGACCUCGCCCCGCGACGCAUCCGCCCCGCAAGGCUGGAACAUCCUGGAUGUGGCGGGCGGUACCGGCGACAUCGCCUUCCGCCACCUCGACCACGCCAGCAACAUCAACCACGACCCACACACGCACGUCACCGUCGCCGACAUCAACCCCGAAAUGCUGGCGGAGGGCAAGAAGCGCGCGCUGGAGACGCCCUACGCGCGCGCCGGCCGCAUUGGGUUCGUCGAGGCCAACGCCGAGCACCUCGACAUGAUCCCAGACAACAGCAUCGACCUUUACACCGUCGCCUUCGGCAUCCGUAACUUCACCGACAAGGACCGCGCCCUGCGCGAGGCUUUCCGUGUCCUCCGCCCCGGCGGUGUCUUCGCCUGUCUCGAGUUCAGCAAGGUGAACAACUCCCUGUUCAACCAGGUCUACAAGCGGUGGAGUUUCGCCGCCAUUCCGCUCAUCGGCCAGCUGGUCGCCGGUGAUAGGGACAGCUACCAGUACCUUGUCGAGAGCAUAGAGCGCUUCCCCAGCCAGGAGGAGUUCAGGGACAUGAUCAAGGCUGCCGGCUUCGUCGUCCCCGGAAAGGGAUACGAGGACCUGACGAACGGCAUUGCGGCGAUUCACAAGGGCGUCAAGCCAGUGGCGUCGUCGUGA